CGGCACGUGGUAUGAGUUAUAACAGAUGUCUUAGACACUGUAUUACCCAGUAUCACAAUCUCUUGGAUCACCUUCGUCCGACAGAUUUCAUUUGGUGUCCAUACCUAAAUUUGGAUCACAACCAUGAAGUCAACGAAGAAGACGCAACCGUAUGGACUGCAUGCACACCGAUCAUAAGAUUCAUAACUGUGGAGAUGCACAACAGUGAUCGUGUGAAGUUGCAGUUCAAUAUGCUUCAACACAUCCCGGAUCCCCCCGGCAAACUAGGAGAAUGGCAUAUGCGCAAAGUUAAUGACCAAUGGAAAUUUAAUCCAUGGCAAAGCUUCGCCAGUUCUGAGUGUCGCAAAAGGAAGCACCGCCAUGACCAUGUCUUAACUGACGCAAUGAUUCCUAAUGAAGAAAAACCAAGUCGUACUUAUAUGGCUUGGUACAUAUCAGUUGGUUUUGAUUUUAUCGCCGAGGAUAUGUACUUAUACGACCCACACCAACAAACUUACACACCACAUGCCUCAACAUCUAACCCCCAACAACAUUGUCAGACCGCCUACAUAUAACCCCCUAUCUGUCAAACUUUCCGCUCCACAAACACACAAACAUACAACCCUAACAUGCCAUACACCUAACGACAAUAUCAAGAGCAUACCCCGUACCACCACCAACAAAUAGACCAUCAACCAGAGACUCAACAUCGCUUCGCACCCAACACAUCACCCUACCAAAGCCGCCUUAGCCAGACUAUGGCAAUACACUUUCGAUGCAUACUCAAGACUAUACUGAUUUGUCUGACUAUCUUAACAUGCCAUCUCCUGCAGUUGGUAGUGAUGUUCCUGGCCCCUCAGAU